AUGGCGCGAAUACUGACCCUGUCAUUACUGUCUAUCUACUUGACUACUUUUGCCGCAGCUGCCAGCAUCGUCUAUGUCACUGACCUAUCCAUCUUCACAUUACUCGCACCAUGCGCUCAAACGGCGAUCUCCUACAACAUCUUCUCCCAGACCUACUCAGCCUGCGGUGAAGCCCCAACCGACCUGCAAUCCUGCAUCUGCACCAAGAACAACAACUUCGCCGCCAUCUCGACCUCGAUAUCCAAUUCAAUCAGCUAUAGCUGUGGUUCCUCCGCCUCCGAUGACCAGACCAGCGCCGCGGCUGUCCUCAGCCAGUACUGUACCCCCGAAGCGACAGUAAACUUUCCGACCCCCACGGCCAACGUCGUCACCCAGUAUGCCACCGACAUUCCCGCCUUCUCCAACAUGGCGCCUUGCGCGCAGUCCGGCGUCUCCUACGCCAUCAGCUCGAUGUCGUCUCUCUGCCCGGAAGCCGCGAGUCUCAUGGCCCCUUGCAUCUGCUCGAAGAACGACAACUCGGCGCGCGUCAGCCGAUCCAUAGCGUCGCUCGUCCGGUACUCAUGCUCAAACGCAGCCGACGUCACGUCGGCCGGCGAGUUUUACAACGCGUACUGCGCCAUGAACAAGGGAACUACGGCCUUCCCUCAGCCCUCAGGGCCUCCGGGGGACAUGACGUACUACAUCACUGCUCUGUCGCAGUAUAGCUCGCUGGCUCCGUGUGCCCAGUCGGGCAUGUCGAACGCGAUGUACUCGCUCACGAGGUAUCUCUGCCCCGAGGGCCCGAAGGCGCUGGCGUCGUGCAUGUGUAUGAAGGACGGUGUGACGAAUUUGGUCACGAGUACUUUGACCUCAGAUAUCAAGUACUACUGCUCCUCCACCGCGUCGGAGGAUGUGUCUUCGGCGCUUGCUGUGAUGGAUUUCUACUGCAAGGCUGCCAAGGGCGAAGUUGUUGCCACUGUUGCUGAAUCCAUCGCGCAAACGUAUCCUACCGCGAAAGCCGGGACAGGGUCAGGGACCUCAGGCCCUCAACCUACUGGCACGGGGAACGACAGCUCGGAUGGCAGCUUGAGCGGCACUCUCAAGGAGUCCAAAGGACCCAGCAUCGGUUUGAUUGUUGGCGGUAUCGUUGCCAUGCUAGGGGCAAUCACAUUCGCCGGCCUCGUCGCGUUCAUGCUAUACCGACGCCGGAAGAGGGCUGCUCAACCCCGCUUCCCCAUUGCUUCGACCAUGGGCACGCCGCAGAUGACCGGCCCUCCCGAACUGGGCGGCACCAUGCUUUCCACCCUGCCCCCGAAAAGCCCGUCGGUGAGCAUGUCGCAGGUGAGCUCUCCGCCGCGACCAGACACCGUCUCCCCGGUCUCCGCGUACAGCUCCGCAUACGCCCCGCCCUCGAUGGGCGCGGAGCUGUCGGGAGAAGGAUACACGCCUCCGGUGCCCGAGAUGCCGGCGAACACGAACGGACAGCUACAGCCCGUCGGCCAGCAGAUGCCAUCCGAGCUGCAGGGCCAUGCUGGAAUGCAGUAUGGGCAGAGUCUGCCGUUGCCGCCCGAGCUUCAGGGCGGAGGCUACUUCAUGCCUCUAGGCCAGACCACGUUGGCCGAGGCUCACGGACAGCCGAUUCAUCAGAUGCCGAGCGGGCCGCAGCCGGCGUACCAAGCACCGGGACAGCAGCGGGCUGAGUUGCCGGGGAUGGGGUGGCAUGCCGGGUCGACGCCGGGGUUUUCCGAGCUUGAUUCGGGUACUGGUAGACGGUAG